GCAACCAGCAUGGCGACGGGGAAGCUUUGCUUAGCCCCUCAUCUGCUUAUAAGCUAGUAUUAGGAUGUUACCAUUACCCUACUUGAUUAUAUUACAGCGUUAAAAUGUUUACAGUUACGUACACUGUCGUUUUUGGAUGUACUCGAACUCUGCAGUCGGUGUCCCGGAAUAUUUCCGAGGAAAAUGGGAUACGCUAAGUGUAACAUUGUCAUGGAAUCGAGAAUAGGGAAUGUGUCACCUGGACUGGGGUGCAGCCCUGGUAUGAGAGGACAGACCUUGAAAAGUAGCCCUUUCUGCCCUCGCUCUUCCAGCAAGUUGACACAAUCCAUCAUUAAAGACCACAUGGUGUCUCAUUACAAAAAGGUUUACUCAGCUAAAGCCGCCAUUGAUGCCUCAGUACCCAAAAGCUUGAUACAUAGUGUAAAGUACAAUGACCAGAUCAGACAGGAUCGCUUGAGGAAAGGGGGUCGUCCUCAGUCAGCCCAUUCUCUCUCACAGAGGAACAGCAGAGCUUCCUGCUCUUCAGCCCAGAGUAGAUUAUCCAUGCAGUAUGAUGACAGCUCAUACCUCUACUCAAGGAGCUCCUUGGUCUCCAGCCCAAGGUUCGGCACCUCCUUUCAUGCUAAGGAGAUAGUUUAUCAGUCAGGUAAACCGGAUCGCUCCCAUCGCACUCGCCCAACUUCAGAAAUAAAGUACCGGAGCCCAGAGUCAUCUUUGCACAGAAAGCAGUCAGCGUGUUCUCUGGCAGCUUCGGGAGAUCAGAGUUGUUACAAGUCUUUCCAGGACCCUGUCCAGAAGACGUACAGUGGAGAUUUGCUCCAGAAACACUCACAGCACUUUACCCAAGACAAACCUUUCACUCCUAAGACCCUGAAAUCAGAUAAGAGUUCAUACCUAGAAAAAUAUCGCUACUACAGAGCACCGCAAAGGAAACCUACUCAGGACAGCACCAACUCAAAACUGAUGCGACAGGAGACAUAUCACGGAAGCACAAACACAAAGGAAUACACACAGGAAUUUGACGAGCCAUCUCAGGGAUUUAUUACAGAGCAUGAGUGGUCUGAAGAUGAGUUCAAUGGCACAUAUUUCUCAGCAUCUAGACAACAGAGUCAAAAAAACAAGAGCGGAGACCAUUAUUUCUUGGACUCCCCAUCCAGGAUCUCACUAGAAGGUGGGAAAUCUCCAAUAAUGAAGAAUGUAUCUGCAGAGGAAGAAGAAUUAAUGUACCUUGAAUUUAUUUCUGCUGUAACAGAGGAUAUCUUGUCCAUGGGGCACAUCUCUAGCAGGGUCCUAGACCGGGUGAUAAAGCGCCAUAUUGACAUGAAUCGGCAUCAGCUUGAUGUGGGUAAAAUGCGCCACCUGCUGGAAGUGCUGCGUAAAGAUUUUGAAGAGCCAAUCAACAUGUCCACCUCCAGUACAGUGCUUGAAAAAAAGGAGAAAGAUCUGUUUGAUUCUCUCCUGCCACAUCUGGAAUCGGGGGCGAAACAAGCGAAGACCAAAGAAGACAAUGACCUGUUCCCUUAUGCGUCACUGAUUAAAUACAGCCAUUCACCAGAUUACACUGAUGCCUUGUCAGUGUCUACACCCUUAAGGACCGCUUCGCCAACAAAAACAAACAAAAAGGAUGAGGAGAGUGACAAUCAGGAAGAGUGCACUGGCUCUCCUUGGCUCAGUGAGCAUGUUCCCGAUAAUACAGGAAACAGUGAAGAAGAUUUCCAACACAAUCAAACAGGCACAACUGCAACAAGCAAAGAAGUCAGUAAUGAAAACCAUGAAUACACCACUACAGCCAGUGAUGAAGGAUUUCAUCAGGACCAAGCUGAGAUCAGUUAUGAUGGACAGUCUAAAGAGCUUGAGGAUCUGGGAAGAAGUUUGUCAGAGUCACUUCAUGUGUCCAGCAGUACACACAACAAUGUGGAGACCAGCAAUGAGCAACAUAUAAAUGCAGGUGCCUCUGUCAGUGAUGAUGAGUUCUGAAGUUUGGCUGUAUUCAGGGUUUUAAAGUCCUUUUAUGGUUUUUGUUACCAGGCAAGUGUUGUCCCAGAGAUAAAUGUAAUAUUAGAAUUUUCUUAAAGUAUAGUUUUGUAAAAGUGAUUUAACACUGUUGUGUUUUCUGUAUUUUUACAAGACUUCACCAGUGAGUUGUUAUAUUUUCAUUCUGCUCCCCCCCCCCCCCAAUCCUUUUUACAAAAGCACAGUGAAGGUUUCACACAAAAAAAAGUUCUGCAAGCAUAUCAGAAACAUGUCUCAGUUGGGAAAUUGUAAAAUUAUGGAAACAUAUUUGAGUCAUAGCUGUUAAGCUGCAAUUCAUGUCCAAAGUCCUGCUCGAAACAUUUUUAAAAUUACUGCCCAGUGGUAACAAGUUUGAUUUGCAAACAAUAGUCCAUAGCACUGCACUGAUAUCACAUGUGGAAUUAGUGGCAUCAUUUAGUUUGAGUGGAUUGCAGAGUGUACCCAGUCAGUAUGAUGUAGCUGCAGUUAACAUUUUAAGAUUUCUAGAAAAACUGUUUUGUCAUAAAUAAACCUAUAAUUGUGUUUGACUUGACAUAUGCCUCUGACAUGUAGCUACUAGGAGCUGAUUGUCACCAGAAAGUGUCUUUACAAUUUGCAAUAAAUUUUCUAUUCUUCUGA